UGAAGCAUGUUUUCUCACAGAAUCUUCUUAUACAUAACCUUUAAAAUGAGUGAUUCAUCCAAAACUCCUAAUGCCAUUCAUUCCAAAAAUGACAUUAGCAGAGCUAGUAGAGGGAAAAAAUCUACCCAUGAAAUUGGAAAAGAAAUUCUCACAAUCCCUGCGUCACCAGCAAUGAAGAAAAUAGGAUUUGGCUCAGGUGUUUCUGUCUUCUUGCUUGAAAGAUACUCCCCAAGCAGAGGAAGUUUCAAAUCUCCUUGGGCCAUCAAGAAAAUAAACAGUCGUUUGCUGAAAGGUGCUUCAGGCAGCAAACACAAGGGGAGUGAUGAUAUUUUCAGCAGUCGCUUGUAUGCUGAAGCUGAGCUGCUGCGUCGCCUCAAUCAUCCAAAUAUUGUUUGCUUCAGAAGUUACACAACUGCUGCUGAUGGAGCUAAGUGUUUGGCAAUGGAGUCUGUUGAACGUGACCUGAGUUCCAUCAUUGAAGACCUGCGCCUUGCUGGUCAGGUUGAUCCUCUCCCAGUGCAUGCGCUCACCAGGGUUUGCCAGGACGUGUCGAGUGCUCUGCACUACCUGCAUGAAGAGCAGCAGCUGCUGCAUGGGGACCUUAAGAGCGCUAAUCUUCUUGUCAAAGGAGAUUUUCAACAGGUUAAGCUCUGUGACUUUGGGGUUAGCCUCAAACUUGACAAGAUGAUGGUGGCGUUACCAGGCCAGCACUACAUAGGCACCGAAUGCUGGAGUCCUCCAGAGACUGUGCUGGGGGAUGCACCUCCUACUGACAAGGCCGACGUCUUCGCCUUUGGUCUGACAAUCUGGGAGUGCCUGACGCUGGACUUCCCGCACGUGCACUUGCUGAGCAGCGAGGAGGGAGAAGAGCUGCUCAGCGAAGAGGAGCAAGAUCUCAAGUGUGAAGCGAGGGAGGAGAUCUUCCAGAAAAUGAUUGGUACGCGCCCUGGUCUCCCGAAAAGCAUCAGCGACGUCGGAGCGGCCUACACUCCGUUCCUGGAAGCUUUUAAUCACUGUACCAAUGCAGAUCCUUCCGACAGACCUUCUGCUGCGCAGCUCGUGCUGGUCUUUGCUCUUCUCGAUGCUCCUGCUCCAGAGGUAGCAGGGUCUUUGCAAAUGAAAGAUAAAAACAGAUCUGCUGAACCAAUUCUCAUUGAUUUUGAAACGUCGCAAGAUACUGAAGAUGAUAGCCAUGACUUGUCACACUCGGUCAACUCGACAGUGAAUCUUGAUUCCACUGAAGUUGCUGAAAGCAGCUGCAAGGUACAUGACGAGUUUACAGACGAGGAAAGCCGGCUUGAAAAUGAUGACGAAGUUGAACCUAACGCAGAAAACGGAAAUGAUUCAAGCCAUUGUGGCUCAAUAGAGGACAUUAAAGAUGUCCAGUCUAAUGAGGAAGAAUCUGAAAUAUCCAACAAAGAGAACUCCUGUCUUCUGAAGCCUAACUCGAUGCCUCUCCAUGUGAACGGGAAAAAGAGGUCCAGUAAAGAUUGUUGCCUCAGCUCUUCACCUUGCAAGAAACGAGCGCGUCCUUCUUGCUGAUUGUAUCAAAAGAAAUAAAGGUUAGCUUGUUUUCUUGCUUCAAGCGUAGUUAAAAAAUAUAUAUUCAUUUUAUUUGCGUAAAACUUAAAUUGCGUAUUCGAUUUGCAAUUCAUAGCCAUGCAUUUUUCAUUAAUAUUUGAUACCUAAAGUGGGCAAGAGUAAAGCUGAGGUAAUAAGGCAAAGCGUAGGAUAUUUGGGUUCUAUUUGAGAUUUCAUUUUGGAAAUGGCAAGAUGAAUAAAAAUAAUCUGACUAUCCUACGUUUUACUCCUAUUACCUAGGGUUUACUCAGGCUUAUGUUAUCCAUGUAGACUGUGAGUUGAAGCUAGCCGUAACGCUGUUUAUUUUACUUAAUCUAGAAAAUGUAAAUUCUGGUCUUGUUAUUACAUUAAUUUUGUAGCUCUCCAAUUUGUAACUGUGGAGCGUUUUGGAUGAACCAUUCACUAUCUUCCCAUAAUAAAUUAUUAGAAUGGUUUACCUAUAUAGACAUGCCAGCAUCUUCACUAUAAUUUUCACGGUCCUUUACCUUCGGAACAUUCCUCAAAUCUAUUAAUUUCAACAUCAAUAUCCAGUAUCUUGUACGCCAUAUGAAUACACUACCUAUGGCAUAAGCUACAUUUUUCAUUUUUACAUCCGGUAAUAAUACAUUGAUAACCUUCGAUCCCGUUUUAAACUGACUGUAGCUCUCGUUAUCAUUGCUACGUUUGGUAUCAACGCGUGACUGUAUCCAUGGGCAAAAGAUUGGACUGUAAGACUUAAAGCAUAAGUUUUUUUGGAAUGUAAUAUGCAGCGAUUGUGUUCCCAAUUUUUUAAGCGAGACCCGUUAGCCAUUUAAUUUUGGGUUUCGGUUGUUUUCGCUAAUGAAUGCACCAUGAUAACAUCUGCAAAUUCAAAUAGAAAGAAAAAAAUGUGAGGUUAGAUUGACAAUCUCUCUGAUAACAUUAAUUUUUUUCAUUAGCAUGUCGGUGCGAUGAAAUGAAAAGAAGUUCUGUAUGAAAACCCCAUGAAUAGGUGAAGGUAGUCGGCGAAGGAUUUGAAUUUUACGAUUCGGCUAGUAAAUAGUCUCUCGUUGUCACUGUUUCGACCACGUAGUCAUUGACCUUCUUCCUCACAAUAAUACUCAUUAUCUUCAUUAUAAGUACGGACAGCUCGUACUAAUUUCCUGGAGUAUUAUUAAUAAUGAAUUAUAGAAUGCUUUGGGAUCGUUUGACGAAGUAUGUAUUUCUGCUAGACUACGUAUUAGAAAAGACUUUGCCUUAUGCCCGCUAAUUUAAAAUUUUCACCUAGUCUAUCUUGGUUUCGGUAUUUCCCUCCUAUUAUAGAACCUUUAGACACGACGACGUUAUCAAAUAUUAUUUCUUUCCAAGCUGGAAAAGAAGACCUCCAGCCCAACGCGGGUGCAUAUUACUACAUUUAUUAUUUUUUGUUUACCUAAUUUAUUAAGAAAUUGAAAUUAUGGCCGUUCAUUGCAACGAUGAUUAUCCCGAUAAUGUCGUUACCAAUUUUUUUAUUUAGAAAAUGUGUCAAAUCUCUUAGUCUUAGCAAUCUUAUUCAUAAAUUUGGAGAUAUCUUUGUGCAUUCUACGACUGGAGCAAUAAUUACUUUUAUCGGCAA